GGACCCCAGACACCAAGACCGACCCAAGAUUCAAGUCAAGUCACGUCUUCGGAUCAUCGGCCGAUCAACAUCCGCGCCGACUUCGGGGUUCCAUCCAUAGCGUUGAAAGAAUCGAGGCAACGGCAUCCAAGCCACCGCCCGUUUAUUUAUAUAUAUAUAUAAUUUUUUUCUUUUCUCUUUUCUAUUAUUAUUUUCUCUCUCCCCUCCGCUUCCCCUCCGAUCCCCAGCGUCAUAGAACCAACUUUCCACAACUCACCGUCACUUUUCCUUCCUUUCUGCUUGACCUUGGACCCAAAACGCCCUACUUCAUCUGCCACCUCGACCAUGAGUAACUCCCCUGACGGUUCCCCCGAGGAGCCAGUACCAGUGUCAUCAUACGAUCCUCACAAUGUUCGUGUUGAUGCUACUGCACUAGAACCAGAAACUGUCUCUCGCUCCGAUGUUCCCUCCGAACGGCCCAGGUGCCCCAUCCUCUCCCUUCCGAUCGAAUUACUCGAUGCAAUCCUCUCCUACCUUCACCCCAUCGACCUCGCCGCCGUUUCUCAGACAUGUCGUGCUAUCCGCUCCCGUGCCAUAGCCGACAUCCACUGGCUGCCCCAUGUCCAAGCCAAUAUCCCAGGCUUGACCCUCGCCUCGCCUUACCCCUGCGACAACUACCGAGACCUCUACGCCGCCCAUGACCCGCGAUGGUUUCUCCCCAAGUACAAGAUUUGGUUCUGCGACCGCCACCUCAUGGGCAAGAUGAUCGUCGUCCGCUACGACCCUCGCCGUGGCUGCAUCGAAGGAUACCAGUUGCUCGCCGUGAGCAGCCUCACGAACCCGCAGCACUGGGCCGCCGACGACCAGGUCAUCAUCCACUCCUUCGAGCCCCGCGUGAAGCUCCAUCUCGACAAACCCGUCGUCCAGUUCCACGUCGGUGACCGGGAUCGCUCCUACGUCCCCGUGUCCGGCCCCACCGCCGGCUGUCGCUUCGCCUCCGAGUUGCCCAUGACCCUGGACAACCGCCCGGACCACAUUUUCAGCAACUUCUCCCUGGCCCGCCCGCUGCACCCCGUCACCGUCGACUUCCGCUUGGACUCUGACUUCCCUUACGGAGACGUCUGGCCCCCGCCCGCCAUCCCCUCCCCGCAGCGCGUAUCCGGUUUCGCCUCGGCCAGCGACCUCGACUACGUCGUCGACGACGACCGCCCCAGGGCCAGGGCCGAGAUGUCCGAUCGUGCGUUUCGCAUCCGCCAGUGGAUGGAGAUGGCCGGCCCCCCGGGCACCCCCAGCGUCAUGCUCGGUCCCGGGCUCGCGCGCGUCCUGCACGUCGUGGCCGGAUUCGUACCCAUCAACGCCAUCGGCGGCGGCGCCCCACCCCCCGUCCACGGCCUGGCCGGACCCCACAUCGGCGAGGAGAUCAUCACCUACGCCACUCUCGACCCGAAGCUGUACACCCCCACCGAGCUCAAGCCCUGGCGCGGUAUCUGGGUCGGCGACUAUAGCGGCCACGGGUGCGAGUUCCUGCUCGUCCACCAACCCGACACCGAGGACGACAACGCCACCGACGAGAAGCUCGGCGUCAUACGCGUUGAGCACGAGUCUGACGAUGACUGGGAGAAGCGGAGGAAAGAGGCCAGGAUAUACCGGGGGCGCCUCGAGGCUGUCAAGUUGACGGGAGACCCCAACGUGCCCCGCGGCGAGCACACCUUCAUCGUCGACGACCUCGGCGAGGCAGGCCUCGUCGGCAUUGCCCAGGAUCCGCCGUUCGAGGGCGCUCGGAUCAUGAAAAGCAAAGGCCAUGUCGCGGGGACGGGCUUUUAUAACGACAAAUUCAUCGACUCGCAGUUGUUGCUCCUGUCGUACGACAAGUUGGCGCAGUAUUGGGUGAGUUUUGGUCACAUCAGUUAUUUCCAGCGAGUGGACCUGGAUAGCUUUCUCGUGCCUUGACGGUAAGGAGUCGACUACUCUUUGCUGCCAUACCCUUCGGAUGCAGCUCCAUCCAAUGCAAAGCAAAAUGAUAAGAGGCGGGGAAUGCCACCCUCGUAUGAUGGAGCGCCAUGCAAUGUCGACAACACGGCCGACUACACUGCAGGCGAACGUCCUAGCCAACCUCUCACAUUGAUUAUGAAGAAAACUACUUCCGAGCCAACACGCAGUGAUGUAAAAGGCCGAUCCCUGUUUUUGCCUGGUUGGUCUACAAGGCAGACUUGUAUGUCCACUGAGAGGUGACUUGCUA